UUUUCUACUUCCUUGUGUGGCAGAAAAAAAGAAAAGGGGGAAAAAGAAAGUAAUCACGAUGAUGUUGAUAUCAUGACCGCAGUUCAAUGACCAUACCGAUUUUGCCGAUGAUCAAGAUGGCGACGAUGAUGAAGAUGAUGAUGAUGAAGAUGAUGAUGAUGAUGAUGAUGGUUAUGAUGGUUAUGAGGAUCGGGAGGACCAGAAUCAUGAUGACAGUGAUGGUGGAGAUGAUUCAUGAUGAUAUCAUGAUGCUGAUGCUGAUGCUGAUGCUGCUGCUGCUGAUGAUGAUGAUGGGGAGUAUUAGGAGUAUGACGGUGAACGAAAUCGGCAUGGUUGAUGAUGAUGAUGAUGAUGAUGAUGAUGAUGAUGCUAAACACGAGUGGUCCACGAUGAGGAGGAGGGGGAGGGGGAGGGAGAGGAGCGAGGAUCAUAACGAUCUUGGCGAUCAUGAUAAGGCAUAUGAUGGUGGUAAUAAGGAUCUUGACGAUGUUAACGAAAACGACUAUGUGAUGAUGAAGACAAUGAUGAUGAAGAUCAUGAGGAUGAAUGAUGACGAGGUUGAUGAUGAAGAUGAUGAUGAUGAUAACGAUCUUGGCAAUGAUAAUGAUGAUGACUAUGAUAAUGAUAACCAUGUUGGUAGAAAUCACUCUAACGAUGAUGAUGAAGAUGACCAUGGUAAAGAUGAUGAUGAUGAUAAUUGAGGAUCCGAAUGAUUAAGAAACGAGCCCUCGGAGCAAUAACAAGGAUGAUGAUGCGGAUUAUGUCGUCGCUGACGGGUUUCACACUGUCGAUACUGAGGAUCGCAAAGAUGGUAAUAAUGAUGACGCUCUCCAUAGCCAUUACUAUAAUGGCGACAUCAACAUCAUCGCCGUCGUCGUCGUCAUCAUCAUCAUCAUCAUCAUAAGCAUAAGCAUACACGAUUGCAAUUGCUAA